CUAGAAUAGGUUAUCAGGCGUAGUUACAUUAGCUGCUUUAGAGUCGAAUAUCAGCUGGAGUACGGGGAACGUGGAUGCCACUAUUAUCAUAUUUUAGUUUUCCAGCAAGUGACAUAUUGAGGAAAUCAAAAUGAGUGGGUUUAGUAGACCGGAUGCACACAGGACACCACCGUUCACCCGGACACCUCACCCUGGAUUGUCCAAGCAUGACCUGGAGCGGGAUUCAGGCUUCUCAGAUGCCAGCUCCGAGUACCUCAGUGCAGUAGAGGUGACAGAUUCAGAAGAUACAGGAAGAAAUGGGUCAAUAUUCGGCCAAGAACCCUCUGGUCCACAAGUGGCUGUGGUGGGAGGCUCAUACCCUGGAGUCCCUCCAGUGAUCAUCAUGAACAACUUUGUCUUAAAACAGCCAUCCUCUGUAGUUCCAGCAGAAAAACAGUGGAGUUUUCCUUCAUCCUUAGAAGUGAUGCCCCAAUCACAGGUGGUUUUUCUUCAACCCAUGGUAUCAAACGGCAACAGUAGCUCUCCAAAGACUGGCCCCGAAAAUGUGCAACAAUCAAAAAGUUACAUGCCAAUCCUCAAGUCCUAUCCCAGAAUUGCCCCGUACCCUGUGGACAAGCCUACUAAGAGGGUGGGAUCCUCCAGGAUGAGGGCAAGUGCAACAUCGGGAUAUGAACCCCGACAAAGGAGACACCAUCAUGGCCACAGGCCCUACUGCUCUCCCAGCCCACUAUCAGCCAUCUCCAGCUUUGAAACAUCAACCAGUCAAUCACAGGCAGCUGAAAAUCAGGAGCAGCUCCCUGAAAGGUGUCUUACACCGGAAGCAGGAACCAGCUCUCUGCCCUCCUACACAGAUGAAUUUAGGACGGUGACAGACAGCAACGAGAUGCCUGCCGACAAAUACCAGGAUGUCAUCUCCAUGCACAGUAACAAACUGAAGCGUUUCAGCAAUACCUACAACAUUCUCAACAAGUCUGGCUUGCUGGGGAUUACGAUGCGCACAAAGCAGCUGAUCAGGGACAAUAAGCGCACACAAGGCCUGCUGCUCCAGCUUCAGGAGCAAACAGCACUUCUGCUGGAGGCUCUGAGCAGUGGGGACCCACAGCUCUGGACUAAACUCCAGCUGUCUCUGCAGGAUACAGAAAAUGAACACUGGGGGGCUAAAACUCAGCGAGUCUUAGCAUAACAUGUUUAUGUACAUGAACAGCAGUUUUGAAUCUGGUUGCAGAAGAAUCAAUCACCAAGUCACAAGAUGCUUUAGUGGAUGUGGGAAAAUACACAUCAGAUGGGUUUAUUAGAACAGCGUUGAGGGUUCAACCUUUUAUCGGAGGUUUGUGGGUCAUUUUAUACAAAAACAUCAGAAAGCCAGAAACAUUUUAAACUGCUAGUUUGACAUAAAGUUGAAGCACAGCCACUGUUAGGAAGUGGGAGCCUAGAAGCAUGUUUAUAUUUCAAACCCUUGCCUUUAAUACAUUUUCUGGCCUGUAUGACUUACAAUAGGGCUAUGGCUUCUGUAUGUCAAACACCUAGUUAACGCAUGCCUUAGAAGAUGGCACAUAGGUUGAAUUCCUUAAACAUGUCAUUUAUGUUACUGCUGUAGAGAAACAUGAGGAUAAGCUGUAUUAGAGCAAAUAGAGGACCUUAUGGAUAACUGAUGUCCAUCAUACAUCUUUCAGUGUCUUGUCUGUUUUUACUGUAUUCUUUGUUACUGGAUUUAUGUCCGUUAAGCUGAAUGAGCAGAUGUUUUCUUUAUUAGGAAGUUUGUACACUGAUCAUUUUAGUCAUCAAGCAUCAGCUGGGUUACAUUGGGAGUAGUGAAGGCUGGCCUUGUAGAGACUCUGUGUAAGCUGUAAAUAAUCAGACAUAUCAGAUAUUUUGUUUCCUGAUAAAAUGAUCCACAUUUUGACUUUUUUGUGUCAGCAUCAUGCUUCAGAAUUUGGGACGGGAUCAUGUUUGCUAAUGUGCAUAUCAUCCCUUCCUUUAGUAAUGGUCCAUAAGCCAUGUGCAGUCUUGCACCCCCAGACAAUCGCAGAUGCUGUUUUAUUUUUUUAUUUUUUUUAACUCUGUGCUGGUACUAGAAACUGUUUCCUCCUCUUUAGCAUCCAUUAUAAAAAAAAGGAAUUCCAUUAAUUUUUUAGACCAGAUAAGUGUUUUAAUUCCUCAGCUUAUGUAAAAGGAGCCGAGCCAAGAGAGGCAUCAGUAAUUCUGAGUCUUGUAUAGAUGAUGAAAUCCCACAUUCUUGUGGUUAUUCCUGCAGUGUGUUCUAAUGGAGAACUAGACAGCUUUUCCAGGUUUUUGUUUUUCCUGUCCCGUCAUUUUUAAACAUGCUGCUGCUGUCAAAUUCAAAAUGAGCAAAUAUAUCUGAGGGAAAAAAACACUAUCACAUUUAUUUCCCUUGUAAUAUUUUCUUAAUUAAGAUACAGAGUAUAAUGGUUUUAAUAAAUAUUUGCCUUAUUUUUUGUUCAUAGUUGCAAAGAGUCAACUUUUUGGGAAAAAUUGAGAACUAAUUGUAUUAUUUUGCAUCAGUAUUAUUUAUUAACAAUACUGUGUGACAAAGAGAAAGUGUUACUAUCACAAACGAUGACUAUUCAGAAUUUGCCAGUUUAGAGGUGAAGACUGCUUCUUUUUUUAAAAGGUGUGCAUAGAAAUGUAGCAAGUGAGGUGUUGUAUGCCAUAUAAAUGUCAUGCCUUGGGAUCUGUUCAGUAAUCUUCAUUCCUACUGUAUUUUCACGCUUUGAUAUGGUGUAACAUAAAUCUUUUUAGACAUAGAUAACAGCUUAAUGCUUAGUUUCAUAUUGCAGACUGUUGCACUUUGGUCACAAGAUUACUGACGUGUUUAACAAACAUGAGCAUUGUGUCUUGAUGAAAUAAUGUGAAUAGAAAGGUUUAUCUGGAUACCUGUGCCUUUUAAGUAUGUCCAUGUUUUUUCUUUAUAUAAGUGCUUGGUCAGCUUGUAUUUCUACAUUGCUAUAUGAAUGUCACAUUGAGGAAAGUUGAAUGUACUUAAGGGUUUCCAAAGAACUAAAUCUCCCUUUUGAUCUCAUGAGAUAUUACUUAUUACUUAUUUCUAUUUAUUUUAUCAACAAAACUACUGGUACGAUGGGUUUUAAUCAUGACUCUUUGGAAUUUAAGGAAUAAGUGAAUUUGUUUUUGUUUUUCAAGCAAGAUACUUUUACCAGUUAUUGUGUGUGGUUUCUGUAUUUUGUCUUUAUAAAAGCUCAUUAUUUACAUUGUUGAAGAUCGUUCAAUAAUUUGUCAUUAUUAAAGAAGAAAAGUAGCCACCUUGUGUUAUUUAAAGAUUUUUAUUGUUAUAGACAAAUUGACAAAAUUAUUUCCAAAAGGUAUUUU